AUGUCUCAGGGAACACUUUUCGGUACCGGUGAGACAAGAUCCAUCUUGCCAGUUGGCUUAAUCAAGACGUUGAAAUUAGAUGUCAAAAUUGAGCCAAAGGACAGUCCGGAUCAUAUCAAGAACUUCCCAAUGCAUAAGGCUCCAUCAUUUAUUGGCCCUAAGGGCUUCAAACUUCACGAAGUUAUUGCAGUUGUCCAUUAUUUGGUUAAAUUGCAUGACGAGGAAUCCCCUCUAUUGGGUAAAGACCUCAAAGAGCAGGCUCAGGUUUUGCAAUACAUGUCGUUUGCCACAUGCGAUUUCAUGAACUCUGUCAGUGACAUCGUUGGUUGUAUUUUGAGUAGAGUUCCUUACAACAAGAAGGCAGUUGAAGAUGGUAGAAAGAAGAUCGAUGAGUAUGUCGCUAUUCUUGAAGAGAGAUUGGUUGAACAUACAUACUUGGUUGGUGAGAGAUUAACUGUCGCCGAUUUAUUCUUUGCCACAUGCUUUUUCAGACCAUUGACCCUGUGCUGUGGUACGGAAUGGAGAGCAGAGCGUCCAAUUUUGAUGAGAUGGUUCAACACUGUUCGCAAGUCUGAGUAUAUCAGCUAUUUCUUUGACACUCUAAAACUUGCCGAUCAACCAAUCUUGCAUCCUCCUAAGAAGGAAAAGAAGAAGAAGAAUGGUGGUGAACAACAACAACAGCAGCAGCAGCAGCAGAAGAAGAAGGAGAAGAAACCACAACAACCACAACAGCAGCAGCAGCAGCAGUCUCAGGAAGUCAAGAAGCCAAAGCAUCCUUUGGAAGCUUUGGGCAAGUCAAGCAUUCCAAUUGACCAGUGGAAGAGAGUGUACUCUAACGAGGAAACCAGAACUAGCGCUUUGCCAUACUUCUGGAAGGAAUUCUACAACCCUGAAGAGUGGUCUUUGUACAAGGUUGGCUUCAAGUACAACGACGAGUUGACCUUGACCUUCAUGUCCAACAACUUGAUCGGUGGAUUCUACGCAAGACUUUCUGCCUCUACGAAAUUCUUGUUUGGUUGCAUGGUUGUUUACGGCGAGAACAACAACAACGGUAUCAUUGGUGCUUUCUUGGUCAGAGGCCAGGACUACAAGACAGCUUUUGAUGUUGCUCCUGAUUGGGAGUCUUACGAGUUCACCAAGUUGGAUGCUUCCAAGCCUGAAGACAAGGCUUUUGUGGAAAACAUGUGGGCUUGGGACCAGCCUGUUAUUGCCAACGGCGAGAAGAGAGAAAUCGCCGACGGUAAGGUGUUCAAAUGA